UCCAGUGCCUGGGCCAGGUUUGCGGCAUGGCGGGCUCCGCGGAGGAGGCGGACUCCCCGUCCGACAUCGACUCCGAGGCCUCCGACCUCUCCGACAGGGAGCUGCAGGAAGCAUUUGCCAAAGGGGUCCUGAAGCCCGGUCUCAAUGUCGUGCUGGACGAGCCGAAGAAGACGGUCAACGACGUGGACGGGCUGAAGCACUGUCUGUCGGAAUUCAAGAGGAAGCUGGCCUGGAUCGAAAGGCUCGACGUCACCUUGGGGCCGGUGCCCGAAAUCCCCAGCUCGCGGCCCACGCUUCACACGCCGGAGCGGAAAGCAGUCGACCCGGAAGACGACUUCCAGAGGGAGAUGAGCUUCUAUCGCCAGGCUCAGGCGGCCGUGCUCACGGCCCUGCCCCGCCUCCAUCAGCACCAGGUCCUCACUAAGCGGCCCGACGACUACUUUGCAGAAAUGGCCAAGUCGGACCAGCAGAUGCAGAAGAUCCGCCAGAAGCUUCAGGAGAAGCAGGUGGCCAUGGAGAAGUCCGAAAAAGCCAAACAGCUCCGAGCCCUGCGGAAAUUUGGCAAGAAGGUACAAACAGAAGUGCUGCAGAAGAGGCAGAAAGAGAAGUCCACCAUGAUGAAUGCCAUUAAGAAAUACCAGAAAGGCCUGACAGACAAGCUGGACUUUCUGGAGGGUGACCAGGGGCCCGCGAGCCGGGCCAAAAAGGAGGGUGCUAAAGCCCCACAGACGAAGAAGGGGCCCAACGCCAAGCGACGCUACAAGAACCAGAAGUUUGGCUUCGGCGGGAAGAAGAAGGGCUCCAAAUGGAACACCCGGGAAAGCCACAACGACGUGUCGGGCUUCCGGGCCAGUGUGGCCCACGCCAAGGGCUCCAAGAAGGCCGGGAAAAAGGGAUCGAGUAAGAGACCCGGCAAAUGGGCGAGGCAGAAGAUGAAGAGUAGAGCCCGCUGAUGGCACGGCCCCUCACCUGCCGCCUGCGACUCGCCCCGGGGCGACUGUCCGCCACCCAAGGCGAGAGACCUGGGCCGGCCCAGGUCUUCCCGUGGAACUCGCAGCCUCCCGGUUAGUUCCUGGAAAGGGGCGAGGUGCCCGGCCAGCUGCCCCUGCCCGGACUGCUUUUCCCGGUGGGCCUGUGGCGGGGCCUCCGGGUGCCGCAUUAAAGAGCUCAUCUCCGCUGCCA